AUGCCAGCCAAGCCUCGUAAACCAGCAGAUCAUGCCGCGCCUGCACCUGCCUCCGCCUCAGACUCUGCUACAGAAGACGCACCGGCUGAAAAUACUCUGGACACGGGCAAUGUAGUGAUUCUUAGCACAAUCUCCUCUCUGCGCUCUGAAAUACGCUCAGUCAAAUCUGAUAUCGGUGAUGUAAUAGACUCCAAGAUUGAACAACUUGCUGUCUCCAUAAGAGGAGAGCUCACCACAUUCCAACAAGAGGCCAGCUCCUUGAUUUCUGCGGUUAAAAUCACCGUGGAUGAGCAUGCUUCAAAACUGGCUGGCUUGGAAGCUAAUGCUUCAACCUCUUCAGAUACAGUAGCCAAGCUUGAACAAGAAAUGGGCCGUUUAAAGCAGGUGGUCGAGCAGCUUUCGGACAAAUUCAUGGACCUUGAAGGACGUAGUAGAAGACAAAAUAUUUGUAUACUACACAUUAAGGAAGGAUUUUGUGACAUUAAGCAGAAUGAAGCUGCUGUAAAGAUCCUGCUGAAUCUGUUUGUUUCAGCAUCAGAGCUUAAUGAAAAUACAGAAGAAAGUUAUACUCAACUAGUAACAUCUGUGUGCAGCUACACAUCUUUCCCCUGUAAUGAGAAUUAUGAAGAUUAUCAGAUUGAUCAGUGUGAUUUCUUGCUGGAUCUGUGUUCACAUGUGAAGGACUAUGAGACUCAAACAGGCAGGAGUGUCCUUCCAGCAUUACAGGCAAUUUAUCAGUCAGCUCCUGCAGUCUGGAUCAUAAACCUUUCAGAGAGAAAGAGCUCCAUCCUCCUAGAAGUGCUGAAACUCCAAACAGAGAAGAAACCAGUAGAGCUGAUAGACUGGACAGAUGAAGAGAGUGAAGUGAGGGGAUUCCUCCAGUGUCUGCCCUACAUCUCACAGCUCAGAUUUUUUUACAUUAACAACAUGGAGAGAGAAGCUGCUGUAAAGUUUCUGCUGAAUCUGUUUGUUUCAGCAUCAGAGUUUGAUGAAAAUACAGAAGAAAAUUACACUGAACUAUUAACAUCUGUGUGCAGCUACACAUCUUUCCCCUGUGAUGAGAAUUAUGAAGAUUAUCAGAUUGAUCAGUGUGAUUUCCUGCUGGAUCUGUGUUCACAUGUGAAGGACAAUGAGACUCAAACAGGUAGGAGUGUCCUUCCAGCAUUACAGCCAAUUUAUCAGUCAGCUCCUGCAGUCUGGAUCAUAAACCUCUCAGAAAGAAAGAGCUCCAUCCUCCUGGAAGUGCUGAAACUCCAAACAGAAAAGAAACCAGCAGAGCUGAUAGACUGGACAGAUGAAGAGAGUGAAGUGAGGGGAUUCCUCCAGUGUCUGCCCUACAUCUCACAGCUCAGAUUUUUUUACAUUAACAGCAUGAAGAGAGAAGCUGCUGUAAAGUUUCUGCUUAAUCUGUUUGUUUCAGCAUCAGAGCUUGAUGAAAAUACAGAAGAAAAUUACACUGAACUAUUAACAUCUGUGUGCAGCUACACAUAUUUCCCCCGCAGUGAAAACUAUGCUUGCCAUCACUCUGGUCAGUGUGAUUUCCUGCUGGAUCUGUACUCACAUGUGAAGGACUAUGAGACUCAAACAGGCAGGAGUGUCUUUCCAGCAUUACAGCCAAUUUAUCGUUCAGCUCCUGCAGUCUGGAGAAUAAAGCUCUCAGAGAGAAAGAGCUCCAUCCUCCUAGAAGUGCUGAAACUCCAAACAGAGAAGAAACCAUUAGCGCUGAUAGACUGGACAGAUGAAGAGAGUGAAGUGAGGGGAUUCCUCCAGUGUCUGCCCUACAUCUCACAGCUCAGAUUUUGUGACAUUAAGCAGAAUGAAGCUGCUGUAAAGAUCCUGCUGAAUCUAUUUGUUUCAGCAUCAGAGCUUAAUGAAAAUACAGAAGAAAGUUAUACUCAACUAGUAACAUCUGUGUGCAGCUACACAUCUUUCCCCUGUGAUGAGAAUUAUGAAGAUUAUCAGAUUGAUCAGUGUGAUUUCCUGCUGGAUCUGUACUCACAUGUGAAGGACUAUGAGACUCAAACAGGCAGGAGUGUCUUUCCAGCAUUACAGGCAAUUUAUCAGUCAGCUCCUGCAGUCUGGAGCAUAAAGCUCUCAGAGAGAAAGAGCUCCAUCCUCCUAGAAGUGCUGAAACUCCAAACAGAGAAGAAACCAGUAGAGCUGAGAGACUGGACAGAUGAAGAGAGUGAAGUGAGGGGAUUCCUCCAGUGUCUGCCCUACAUCUCACAGCUCCGAUUUUUUUACAUUAACAACAUGAAGAGAGAAGCUGCUGUAAAGAUCCUGCUGAAUCUGUUUGUUUCAGCAUCAGAGUUUGAUGAAAAUACAGAAGAAAAUUACACUGAACUAUUAACAUCUAUGUGCAGCUACACAUCUUUCCCCUGUGGGGAGAAUUAUAGUCAUUAUUAUAUAAAGAUUCAUCAGUGUGAUUUCCUGCUGGAUCUGUGGUCACAUGUGAAGGACAAUGAGACUCAAACAGGCAGGAGUGUCCUUCCAGCAUUACAGACGAUUUAUCAUUCAGCUCCUGCAGUCUGGAUCAUAAAGCUCUCAGAGAGAAAGAGCUCCAUCCUCCUAGAAGUGCUGAAACUCCAAACAGAGAAGAAACCAGUAAAGCUGAUAGACUGGACAGAUGAAGAGAGUGAAGUGAGGGGAUUCCUCCAGUGUCUGCCCUACAUCUCCCAGCUCAGAUUUUAUUACAUUAUCUACAGGAAGAGAGAAGCUGCUGCAAAGUUUCUGCUGAAUCUGUUUGUUUCAGCAUCAGAGUUUGAUGAAAAUACAGAAGAAAAUUACACUGAACUACUAACAUCUGUGUGCAGUUACACAUCUUUCCCCUAUGAUGAUGAUGAUGAUGAUGAUGAUGAUGAUGAUGAUGAUGAGCAUACUGAGGAUCACUGUGAUUUCCUGCUGGAUCUGUGGUCAUAUGUGAAGGACUAUGAGACUCAAACAGGCAGGAGUGUCCCUCCAGGAUUACAGACAAUUUUUCAGUCAGCUCCUGCAUUCUGGAGCAUAAAACUCUCAGAGAGAAAGAGCUCCAUCCUCCUAGAAGUGCUGAAACUCCAAACAGAGAAGAAACCAGUAGAGCUGAUAGACUGGACAGAUGAAGAGAGUGAAGUGAGGGGAUUCCUCCAGUGUCUGCCCUACAUCUCACAGCUCAGAUUUUAUUACAUUAUCAACAUGGAGAGAGAAGCUACUGUAAAGUUUCUGCUGAAUCUGUUUGUUUCAGCAUCAGAGUUUGAUGAAAAUACAGUAGAAAAUUACACUGAACUACUAACAUCUGUGUGCAGCUAUUCAUCCUUCCCCUGCAGUGAAAACUAUGCUUGCCAUCACUCUGAUCAAAGUGAUUUCCUGCUGGAUCUGUGUUCACAUGUGAAGGACUAUGAGACUCAAACAGGCAGGAGUGUCUUUCCAGCAUUACAGCCAAUUUAUCGUUCAGCUCCUGCAGUCUGGAGAAUAAAGCUCUCAGAGAGAAAGAGCUCCAUCCUCCUAGAAGUGCUGAAACUCCAAACAGAGAAGAAACCAGUAGAGCUGAGAGACUGGACAGAUGAAGAGAGUGAAGUGAGGGGAUUCCUCCAGUGUCUGCCCUACAUCUCACAGCUCAGAAAUGCUGAGCGGUUCAUCCCUUUACUGUGUAAAGUGUUUAGACCGAGAGUGAAGGCAGAUCAGGUGACUCCUCUGCUCCAGGCUUUAGACUUCACCGUCACUCUGAGUGGAAAAUUACCCAGCAGCACCUGCAGAUCUGUGGGGAGAGUUCUGGGCCGUUCACCCUCAAAACUAAACCUGACUCUGAACACAAGCGUCAUCUCUCUCAGAGGACUCAAACUGCUCUUCAAACACAUCAAACACCUGCAGAAACUGAGUGUGGAAGACAAACUGUUAGUGAAGAUGUCCAGAGCGCUGAGGUCAUUGAAUGCUCCUUCACUGACCACAGAGGAGUUUACACUGCUCACAAAAGACUCAAAGCAAAAUCUCUCUCAUAUCCUGAGCAGUUUGUCGUCUCUCCUGAGACUGUUGUCUGUUCAGUGUUUGGAUCUCACUAAUUGUAAAUCAGAGUCUCUUUCUCUCACGGCUCUGUUGGGUCUCCAGAAACCUCUGACUAUCAGGUUCUCUAAAGAGACUCUUCAGCAGCUGGUUUCACUGGUGUGUGAAGCACAGGAUGAUGAACUGACACGCUCUUUCCUGAAGAAGGUGUCUAAAGAUCUGACUUCCUGCUCACUGACCUGGGAACAGAUUAAUUACCUGCUGCAACAUCAAGCUCUGAAUCUGAAGUUGGACUUUAGAAAGAGCAAAAUCCCCUGUGAAAACAUCAGAGAACUUCUUCUGGUGUUAGACAGAAUCCAGCUGAAAGGGUUGAGCCCCAGCUUUACUCUGUCCAUCAUUAUGGAGAUUUAUGAGACUCGUUUUCCUCAGUAUGUGUCCAGUCUGAUUAGUUCAGCAGGAAAUGACAUCAACCUUAGCGGCAGAGUGUUGGACUCUGUUCACUGCGCUGCCCUGCGCUUCACUCUAGAGCACUGCAACACUGUCAAACUCAAUCUGCUGUGGACCUCCAUACCAGAGGAGGAGCUGGAGAGCUUUCUGCCUUUGAUCAGCAGAGUCACACGGCUCAGUGUUGACAGGCUGCUGCUGCUGAAGCUGCUUCAUUGCUGCAGUUCCUCUGAUCUCCAGCAGGAGGCUGCUGCUGCUCUGCUCUCUGCUCUUCACAACAGACUGGACUUCUCCUGCUGCUCCACUCUGGAUUUAACAGACACACGGAAAAAUCAAAAACAUUUGAAACUAACAAAUAAAGACUGUAGAAUAAUCUCAUCUGUGCUUCAGAAAACCAAAUGUGUGAAGCUGAUUUUACAGGACUGUAAGAUCUCUGAUACGGCUCUGAAACAACUUUGGCCAAUCCUGCGUCAAGUCCAGCUGAGCUGCAGUAAAGCUCUGCUGCUGCAGUUUCUGGCUUGUAUCAGUAAAGGUGGAUCUCAGAGAGGAUCUUUGAGGAGGACUGAGGCUCUUUCACAGGCUUUGGGAGGAGAGAUGGACCUCAGUCACACUCAGAUGGACCAGAGCGCUUGUGAACAUUUGGCGCUGUUUCUGGAAUAUUCUGAAGGGCUGAAAGAACUGGAUCUCAGUCACUGUAAACUCACUGAUGACUGCAUGAAGCCGCUGCUGCCGCAUCUGCACAAAACUCAGACUCUGGACCUGAGUCACAAUAAUGUCACAGAUGAAUCAGCAGAGAGAAUCCACAGUGUCGUCUCCACUCACAGCAAUGUUCAGACUGUACGACUGUUCGGAAACAAAGUCAGAGACGGAAAGCAGUUCAUCGGAGACAAGCGGUUUUAAAUGUGAAGAUCCUGGACUGUAAAUGACUAAAUUCAUGACAAAACAAACUGACUAUCACUUUGUAAAGCAAUGUUGAGGUAAUAAUGUAUAUAUUGCCUUAAUAUACAUAUUAGAGCAAGAGUUAUUUUUUUGAAUGUAGUACUGGGUAUUUAUCUGUCUGAACUGGAGAGUCGCUGCUCAUCAAGUUCAAGAGACUGACAUUGUGUCUUCAUGUUCUAGCCUGUAUUUUAUAAUUUAUAUUCCACAUUUAUAAUUCAGUUUGGAUACAAGAGUCUGCUAGCCUAUAUGAAUAAAUGUAAAUAUGAUGAUAAUGAACUCCAAUACUCAGUCUGUUUUAUUUGAGCUGUAUGGAGGUUGCGAGUGUUAUGGUUAUCAUGCAGUAAAAUAUAUAGUUAGACCCAACCUGAGCAAACAUACAUUUUGUACUUACUUUGUACUUUUGUUUUAUCAUAUCUUUAUCUUCAUAUCUCUAUAUAUGUAUAUUUGUUCGUUAGUAUUCAGUGUUCAUUUACUUAAUACUUUUAAUAGUUUUACUUUUUUUUAAUGUAAUCUUGUGUUGUCUUCUUCACAAAUAAAGACAAGACAAUGUCUCCAUUUUAAGGUUUUCAUUACAUGUUGUUAAUUAGUAAUUUUCCUUUGACUUUGCUUUGGUAUGAUAGCACUUGUUGAAUUAGUGCUGGUCAGAGUAAGUUAGACUGAGCACUGGGAAAGACACAACUAAAAGAUUUUUCAAUAAACUGCUGAUAUUGUACUAGAA